CGUCAUUACGCAGAUUUGCGCGAUGACGUAACGUAAAUUUGUGGCUCGGAGAAUUGGGAGGUGAAAUACUCCUGCCAGACAGUCAUCUGAGACGCUCUCCGAGAAGUCUGAAGGCAAGGAGAGUAACAUGAGCGGUGUAGUCCGCCAGAUCACUGUGACCACUAACCCAGGAACCCCCUUUUUCCUGCGAGUGGAUUGGGCCGUAGAUUUGGGAGCUGGGUUCACACUGGCUCUCAGUGAUGGCAGCUCAGCCUGGAUAGGAGAAGUUUCAGAAGAAGAAGUGACAAGGGAAUCGGAUGACAUGGGAGUAGAAAGGCAGAAAUAUGUUGAGGCUCUUCAUCAAGUACUGACUGGAAGUGAAGAACAAAGAGGAAGGGGAAGCGGCGGAAACAUGACAGAGAAGGAGGUGUACUCUUUCCACCUCACUGAAGAUCACCGGCAUUUCUCGUACAAGAAGACCUGCAAAGGAAUCUUGGUGCUCCUGGGUUCAGUGGAGCUACACCCGGCUCCAGAUGCACUGGGGCUGAACCAGGAGUUUAUUUGCCAAUCCCUGAGACGAAACACUGAUCUGGAAUCAGAAAACAUGCAACUACAUGAGGAGAACCAUAGACUGAAGCAGGAGCACCAGCGGAUUAUCAGAGAAUUGGAGCAGCAUGUCCGAGAUAAGGAGUUGAUGGAGAGGCAACUCUAUUCACGUUUUGUCAUGGUGAUAAACGAGAAGAAGGCCAAGAUCAGAAGCCUGCAGGAUACUGUCCGUCAGCUUCAACAAACAAAAGAGCAGGAGAGAGAUGAGAAGGAGGGCAGGGAAAGUAAUGACACCACAAAAGAUGAAGAUGGCGCUCACAACAGAAAGGAACAAGAGGCAAUUGAGAGCAUCACCCCUUCUCAGGCCCCGACUAUCCUCAAAACAGGACGGAGCCUUGUGUGUGAGCGACAGUCCACGGAGGAAAGUAUCUUUGAUGAUGAAGACGCACCACCGAGACGGAGGCGUCGCGUGCAUCACACCCAGAAACCAGAAUCUUCUCUUGGUCAGAAAUAAGCUACAGCUUUAGGUCCCGGGGUCAUCACGAUGUGUCCUCACGCCGGCAGUAAUGAACCCGAGGAGACCUCUCAGAUUAAGAAAUGCUCUUCAUUUGACCAUUUCGCCUUUGACCUCUGGACACUCCUGCUGCGUAUUAUGAGUCUGAUGAUACCCACACAUCUUCUAAAAGACAGCGGGCGGCUGCCAGGAUAAUCCUUUAAGACACACUACCCAGUCUUGUAAUCCCUGUAGGAAUGUCACACUCUGUCUCCCCAUGUACGGGAUGGAUGUUCAGGUCAGUAUCUUGGAGUAAUUUUCUGAGAAGCGUGUGAUUAAGUGUGAGGGAAUGGGGGGAGGGAUAGAGAGCGAGAUUUUUCACAGAGGUGUACUGAAUCUAGUUUCAUUCAGAAUUUGAUGAUAAUGCAGUCAUUCAUGCUGCUCAUCUCCCAAACUCGACGUCAGUGAAGAGCUGGACUGUUGGCUCCUGUUGGGUUCAUUCAUGUUCUGUAAAUGUGCUUUUGUUCUCUGAUCUGUUUUUGCCAUUGUUUUAAUCUGCUGAUGUAAUUAAAAACAUGUGUUGU